AUGGAAGAAGUUUGGGAUGACAUUAAUCUUUCUUCUCUUCGUUCCGAGGAGGAUACUAACAGAACCAGCUUCAGAGGAGCUAUUUUUCAAGAUUUCUUGGCUCGACCAUUGGACAAAGACCCUCCAACUGCGGCUGUUUCCUCCAGAUUCGGCUCUCCGCCGCCACCUCCGGCCACACUUCUCACUUUGAAUUCUAGUCCUGAUCAGUUGAACUUCUUUGGAAACUUGGAUUCUCGUCAGCUAAACUCAAGUUUGCAGCCUCAGCCCAAUUCACAGACCUGUUCUGAGAAUGCUGUGUCUUCACAUGGAUUGUUGGGUGCUAAUGGGAAUAAGAGAUUUUCAGAAUCCGACAACAAUUCUAGAGACCGACGGUAUAAGCGAAUGAUGAAGAAUCGAGAGUCAGCUGUUCGUUCAAGGGCUCGCAAGCAGGCUUAUACUAAUGAGUUGGAGCUAGAAGUAGCCAAUUUGUUGGAAGAAAAUGCUAGGCUCUUGAAACAGCAACAACAGUCCUAUCUAGCUGCAGUUGCUCAACGUCCUAAGAAGCCCACUCUCAGGAGGACAUCAACUGCUCCAUUUUAA